UUUUUCCUCUCUCUGUUUCCGAAUUUCUCAUUCCCACUCCAUAGUCCGAAAUUUCCAUUUCAUUUCAUUUCAUCGUCUCCGUUUCUCCGAUUUCGGUCUGUAAAAAUUUCUCCAUCUCCGCCAUGUCAAGGGCCGAGAUGGACCAACUAACCUCCGGAGCCAGCAAUCGGAUUAUUCCGAUUUUCAAAGCUCUAAGGACUUCUAUUCUUUUCAUUCACACCUUCUUCCUCUCUCUGCUUCUCCUUCUAUGGCCACGCCGCCGUCGCUCGCCGGCUACCUCUACGACUCAGGUCCAAUCCUCUGUGAAGAAGAGACGAUUGGUAUGGCGAAGGGAGGAGGAAGAUACCCAGAGGCGGAGGGCGCUGGCUGAGGUCAUUGAAAUGGGUGUAAAUAACGGCGACGGAGGGUUUCGUGGACGUCAGAGUACCUCGUUGUUCUAUGGGGUUAAGAGAAACGCCUUGUUUUGCCGCUCCUGGUUGCCGGAAUCGGGUGAAUUGAAGGGUAUUUUGAUCAUCAUUCAUGGGCUUAACGAGCACAGUGGAAGAUACGCCCAUUUUGCCUCUCGGCUAACUUCUUGCAACUUUGGCGUUUAUGCAAUAGAUUGGAUAGGCCACGGUGGAAGUGAUGGAUUACAUGGAUUUGUUCCCUCUCUGGACCAAGUUGUUGCCGAUACUGGGUCUUUCUUAGAAAAGAUUAAAUCUGAGAACCCUGAAACCCCAUGUUUCCUCUUCGGACACUCCACAGGAGGGGCCGUUGUUUUGAAGGCUGCAUCAAACCCUCACAUAGAGAAUAUGGUGAAGGGAAUUAUACUGACUUCACCAGCUCUACGCGUUAAACCCGCCCAUCCUAUUGUCGCGGCUCUAGCUCCAAUUUUUUCCAUGGUUAUUCCAAAGUUUCAAUUCAAAGGUGCAAACAAGAGAGGCAUUCCAGUUUCAAGAGACCCUGCAGCACUCUUGGCAAAAUACUCCGAUCCAUUAGUCUACACUGGACCAAUCAGAGUCCGAACAGGCCACGAGAUCUUGCGGAUUUCAUCAUACCUAAUGCGGAACUUCAAGACAAUCACCGUCCCGUUCUUCGUACUCCAUGGAACAGCUGACAAGGUAACUGAUCCUCUAGCAUCCCAAGAUCUGUACAAUGAGGCAGCCUCCGAGUUCAAAGACAUAAAACUGUAUGAAGGGUUCUUGCACGACCUGCUGUUUGAGCCUGAGAGAGAGGAGAUUACCAUGGACAUAAUUAAUUGGUUGGAGAAAAGGUUGAAAUCUGCAGUUGAAAAUGCACAAUAAACCUCUUGUAGAAUGAGGAGGAGCAUUUUCAAAAGCUUGAAACCAAAAAAUAGUUUAUUGUGUUUGUUUCUUCUAGUGGUUUAUGGGAAUACAUAUGUAUGAAAAUUUGUAUAUUUCUAAUAGAUUUAACUUUCUUUUUCUUCAUAAA